CAGCUGUCAAUUGAAUCGGCCAUUUUCGUGUAACUUGUUAAGAACGGGUUCGAAGUGAUAUAAACUAAUUUCAAUUUGUUGGAUAAAUACAUCUAAAUAAGACAAUGCCAGCAUUGGACGAGAUCAAAUCAUCGUGGGCCGAUGAAGUGGAGUUAGAUUCCGGUUCGUUGCCGGGACCGACAGAGGUUAUCGAAAACAAUCAGAAAGUGGUCACUGAAUAUAAGUACAACAAGGAUGAUAAGGUGGUCAAAGUUGUCCGAACGUACAAGAUUACACGUUUAGUUGUCCCGAAAAGUGUGGCAAAGCGAAAGUCGUGGGUUAAAUUUGGUGACUCUGCUCAUGAUAAACCAGGUCCGAAUCCUGGGACCACCAUGGUAUCGGAAGACAUCUAUAUGCAGUUCGUGAGCAACAAGGAAGAGGAACAGAAACCGGAUAGUGCAUUGAACACUUUGAAGGUUGCCAAGUGCCGUACUUGCGACGGUGAACAUUGGUCUGUGCAAUGUCCGUACAAGGGAACUACUUACGAACAAACAAAGGCAAAACCACAGGCACCUGUUCAAUCAGAAAUUACUUCACACACUUCGGCCAAGAGUGGAAAAUACGUACCGCCAAUUAUGCGUGACAGCCAAAAGGUUGGUAUGGGCGCGAAUCCGAGAGGCCGGGAUGAUACGACUGCGAUCCGUAUAUCUAAUUUAUCAGAAGCAAUGACCGAAGCCGAUCUCGAGGAACUGGUCAAAAAGAUUGGUCCACACAGCAAAAUGUUCUUGGCUCGGGACAAGAAUACCGGUCUAUGCAAGGGUUUUGCCUAUGUUCACUUUAAAUCUCGUCGCGAUGCCGCCACUGCUAUCGAGUUACUGAACGGACACGGAUAUGAUCAUUUGAUUUUGAACGUGGAGUGGUCAAAGCCACAGAAUCCACAGUAGGAGCGGGGGAGAAAAGAAUAAUUGAAUAAAUGAGAACGAUUGGUGGUUAAUGAAAA